AUGAAGCUGACCGCCGUCGCCGCCGCCGCCGCCGUCGCCCUGGCGCCCACCACCGAGGCCUGGCGCGUGUAUCUGUACCACGGCGACAACCAGUCGGGCGACUACUACACCAACUCGGGCCCCGGCGGCUCCGGCUCGCGGUGCCACCUGCUCCCGCGGGAGCACGUCCACAAGGCCCGCAGCAUCGAGUACUACGCCACCAACAGCCAGAGCAACCCCACGACGCGGUGCAAGAUCCAGAUGUUUGAGACCAACGACUGCGGCGGCCGCCAGGGGCCGUACUACCAGGUCGACACCAAGAAGAACUUUAAGUGGGACUGGGUUGGCGUGAUUCAGUCGUACAAGACGACGUGCUGGAGGGAGUAG